UACCUCACAUAAGGACGAGAGAGAGGCAAGCCUGUCUGCAGUUGCCAUCUGGCAGAGCGUAAAGGGCUCACUCAAACUGCUGUAAAUGGAGGACACGUUGGAACUGGACGUGCUUCUGUAUCCAGAUGGACUGAGGUUCUCUACGCCUGACGAUAUCGAGGAGUGGGAUCUUGAGACCGCGAGUCAGCUGUCUGUGCCCACUACCCAACUCUUUGUGGCUCUUUUCCCAUACAACCCUGCUGCCAUGUCUCCAAACCAUGAAACGGCAGGAGAGGAACUGCCCUUCGUGCCUGGACAAAUAAUCAAGGUGUUUGGAGAUAAAGAUAUGGAUGGGUUCUAUCAUGGGGAGUCUGGCGGCCUCUCUGGUUAUGUGCCUGGUAACAUGGUGGCUAAGAUCCCAGUGGAAGAUGACUACAUCAAGUACCUGCUCAUGCAGCAGGGUUUCCUGCCUGUGGACCAUACAGGGAUAUCUUUCCCGUCAGAUGUCAACACGGUUCCCAGUAUCCCAGACAACGUGACUGUCCACAGAAUGGUGGCCCUCUUUGAGUAUGACCCCUGGGAAAGCUCCCCCAACAUGGACAGUGAAAAUGAGCUACCCUUCCGUGCUGGCGACAUCAUUUAUGUGAUCGGUGACAUGGAUCAAGAUGGAUUCUUCUAUGGUGACCUUCAUGGCCGGCGAGGUCUGGUGCCAUCAAACUAUCUGCAGCCGUUACCUUGGGAAUAGGAAUAGACACACGGUAGUCAACCGAUUGUGUCACGGAUUUUGCUGACGGGGUUUCAAACAUGAAUCAAGAGGGCCAGACAGACGACGGAAGUCGAUUUACUUUUGUGAUUUCAAUUACAUUCUAAAAUCAAUGAUGCGACCAAUUCAGUCUGUGUGGUACUGUGUUCUUCCCAGGUUUUCGUUUUUGGAACUUAGCCAAUGUUGCUAUGCAUCCACCAGACAGUUAUUAGUCUUUCACAGGCAAAGAGAGACCAUAAAACAAAAAUUAAGGAUUUCAUAUAGUAAAUAACUAUCAUUAUCUAUUGAUUCAUUUUAAUAGAUAAUUAUCAUAUCCUGAAUGUACUUGGCAUCAGCUAGGAUAUUGUAGCCUUAAGGGACUAUGUCUCUGAUUACUUGCUAAGCUGAACCUGAAUGUUGUACAAUAGUUAAAACAUUUGCCUUAUGGUUCCAUUUACAUAUUUUGUUUGACUUAUUUUAAGUUGUUUCUUUUUUUGAGUAAGCACUAAGCAUGGGUGUCUGUAAGCAUUGUUUUUUGUAUUUUUGGAAAAGAGAUCAGGUCGAAACUAUUGUAUACAUAAAGAAGGAAUACUGUGGAGUUAUUUUUGUACAGUACAAGCACAAUAA